UUGUUGUUUGAAAGGAAGCUUCCUGGAAAUUACUCAAUGGCAGAAAGUAAUACACUUGCCAUUCUCCAUUUAAGCAAACCCAUCUUCUCUAUUCCUUCAAUCCCUUCUUUGUUCAUUUUCUUCUUCUUGAUAUUGUUCCUAAGUAUUCCGACGCCAUGAAACAAUUAAUCAAGGCCAUCAGUCCAAAACGUCUCUUUCGUUCGAAAAAGGGUCGAUCCAUCAGAUCCGACCCUUUAUCCUACAGCUCUUCUUCUUCCUCUGACUCAUCUUCAUCGGGUUUUCAUCAAAAAAGGAGUGCUGAUAAUCUCGGCACCCCUCCCAGUGUUCUCCCUGAUUUAUCGGGUGACUGGUCCGAUGUCUCGUCGGACUUUUUCUCCGAGCUCGUUCAGGCUUUUAAGCUGAUGGAUAAUGACAACGACGGAAUCGUGUCCAGAACCCAGUUGGAAUCUCUUUUGAUUCGCCUCGGAGCUGAAGAGGAGGUAGCCACUAUGUUGAGUGAAGUAGAUCGUGACGGUGAUGGGUGUAUAAGCGUGGAGGCCUUAAUGAGUCGGAUCGGCGGCCCGGCUUGUGAGCCGGCCGGAGAUGAUGAGCUCAGGGUGGCUUUCGAGUUCUUUGACACGGAUCACGACGGAAAGAUAACGGCGGAAGAGCUAAUGGGUGUCUAUAAGGCCAUUGGUGAUGAGAGGUGCACGUUAGAUGACUGCCGGCGCAUGAUUGCUGGAGUGGAUAAAAACGGAGAUGGGUUUGUAUGUUUUGAGGACUUUGCUCGCAUGAUGGAGCUUCAAAGAUGAUCAUGGUUUUGUAGUAAGAUCAUGUGAUGGUGGUGCUCUUGAUCAAAUUGUCAAGAAAAAGAAAAACAUAAUUUUUUUUUUAAUUGAGUGAUGUAGGGUUGGAUUUAGAUCAUGGACAGGAGACUGGGAUGCUAUGCAAAAGGGACGGUCCUGAUAUGUUUUAUCUCACUGUCAAAUGUUUGCUUCUUUAAUCAGUAUAUAUAUAAAAUCGGAUAAUUUCUUGAUUAA